UGGAAAACAACUUUGGAGUGUUUAAAGAUUUCUUUAAAAGUUAUAUAACUCAUAUUAUGUUAAUACAGAAACAAUUUCUAAUUCCCUGGCGUAUAGGAAAAGAAAGCCCGAACCGGUAAUGAGGUAACAACGAGGGUAUUAAGAAAUUUGGGUAAGUAGAGAGAAACAAUACAGUGACAUAUUAUUCUUUUAUUGUUAUAGCCGAGUGAAUAAAUAUCUGUCUCCUUUACUAAUGCUUCCAGAAAGAAAGAGAUAAAAAUCGUAUUUCCUCAUAUUAUUUUGACACAUAAAUUAUUUAAGGUUAGGUAAUUAUUGAUUUCCAAACAAAACAAAUCAUCAAAAUACCGAAAUCAAAGUCCGUGUUUUUCCGAUUUUUUUUUAGGUUUUCAGGCAAAAGGAAAAUGGAGCAAGCAGUUGAGGAUUUAGAAAAUAAGAUGAAAAACACUGAUGCUCGAAUGGACACCCUCGCCGUACAAGUAGGAAAUAUCGAGCAGGAGAUAUUCUCAGAAAAGGGGCAAGAAAUUCAAGUUAACAGCUUGCUCAAAUCGGUCGGCGAAGUGAAGGACAAUUAUCAAAAUUUGAGAAAAGAAAUAAUGGAGGUACAAGACCUGCAGAAACAACUUAGCUCCACCCUCAAUGUGCAAUUAAAAAUGAUGCAAACAAAAUUCAACUUGCUCAAAGAUAAGAUAAGUGUGGCUGAACAUUCAAAAAUUAUUUCUUCAAAUAGAUCUGGAUCACCUGCAAAUUACUUGGACAAUAACAAAUAAGUAUAUUAUUGGCUUUAGUAGCUCUAGUUUUUCUGUUCUACUACAGUGCAAUUUUUUGAACCAAAAAUAAACCUGUACAAAAACAGGAAAGAACCAAAAAUGAAAAAAGGAUUUUUUGCUGCUUUGCGUUUUGUUUAGAUACAUUUUCCAUGGGAGAUUCUUUUCUGUCUUUAAAAACCUGAAAUAAUACCAGGCAAUUGUUACGUAAAGCUGUGCGUGUUUAACUAUUUUUUAAAUAACUAUUGUAAGCUUGAUUGUACUCAGAACAUAUCAAGCCCAAAAUGUCACUAUUCCAUUAUUGACACACUUUUCUAAACACAUUUUGACUCAAUAGGAACUUACGGAUUGGUAAAUGUAUGCCAAAUGAAGACUGAGCUGCUAGUAUAGAUGCAUGAUUAUUUUUUUACUUUGAUGUUGUUUAUGAAGUAGGUAUAGUAUUGAACGUAUUAUUUUUUCAGAUGUUCUAGCAUCAGUUUUAGCAUUGAAUGUUUAGUUUAGGGUCAAUGUGCUAGUUUGGGAACACUGCCUACUAUAACAGAUUAAUAAAUUAAAAUUAUGAGUAGGAAGCAUAACCCCUAAGAUUUUUUGGUUUUUUACAUCGCGUAGAGCACCCGCGAUCUCAUGUUUGCAAGUACUGAGGGAACAUGGAUGGAUGGAUAAACUAUUUGGGAAUAUAGCUACAUUUUUGUUACUUUUGUGGCCUUCUAGCUCCAUCUGCUUCAGAAUCAGAAAAAUUAUCCGCUGCAUUAGGUUGAUUUAGUUCAUUAUCUUGAAUAAUUUCAGGAGAGGUUGAGCUGUUCGAACCAUUCAGAAGAGUGGCGUCUCCCCUUGGUGCCAAAUGUUUCACUGAAAUGGUAGCUUCUUUCCCAUCAUCAUAGCAUAUUCAAGAUUAGCAUCUAUAAGAUCUGCUUCUUCAACUAAAGGAUCAUAUUUGCUUCUCCUAUUUUAUUUUUUUGCAAGAACUUUCUGUGGUGUUGACAACCAAGAUGGAAUAGAUGUGCCACUUGUAGAUCUUCUCUGGUAUGCAAAUAAUCUUUCAUGAGGUGUGCAGUUAGUGCUGGUAUACAGAAGCGAGCGAAUCGAAUGUAAUAUAUGCAUCUGGGAGGACAGUUUCCCACUGUUCAAUUGAGUAAUUUCUUGUUUCAAGAGCUAAUAAUACUGCGUUCCAAAUUAUACUCUUAUCUUUCUACUUUGCCAUGUCCUUUUGGGUUGCAAUGACGUUAUGACAGUUGCACUUGUGACAUCCGAACAAGGAAAAACAAAAGGAAAUCUGCUGUAUUUGUCCACAAUGGUAAGCAUGUAUUUAUGAUUACCUUUUGAAAAUAGUGGGGUCCUUUGAAAUCGAUAUUUAGGCGCUUUAAAUGGUUUUGUAACUUUAAUCAGGUGGCUAUUGAAAGUACCACGCACGGAUCUUAUGAGAAAAAAUAAAUUUCACGAUUGUCAUGAAAUUGAAAUAUGUUAUGCUUCUCGACCUCCUGAACAUAAGUUCUCGUAGGCCCAAAAAGAUCCUAUGAUUAGUUUCGGAGAUACAGGACCGAUAAAAAAAAACAUUAGCAUAAGAAAAAUCUCUAGAAUCUCCUGGUCACUUGGUCAUUAAUUUAAUUCAUAACCAAAAAUGACAUAUUUUUGACAUUUUUCGACAAGCUUUUAACCUACAAAGCUUCGGAUGACAUUAUUUUGACUUUUUUUACCUUUUUUUACCUGUUUUUAACCUAGAAUAUGUCAUUGCCUAAACUCAACAUAUUUCGAAAUGUUUAUUUUUUGUCAAAAUUUUUAUGUUAAUCCGGCCCUCUGUUUCUCCGAAACUAAUCAUAGGAUCUUUUUGGGCCAACGAGAAUUUACGUUUAGGAGGUCGAGAAGCAUAUCAUAUUUCAAUUUCAUGACAAUCGUGAAAUUUAUUUUUUCUCAUAAGAUCCGUGCGUGGACCUUUUUGUAGAAUUUUGGUUCGAUUUUGUUGCACACUGGAUACACUUCAGUCAUUUUUCUAAUUUCUUCUAGAGAAUAGGGUAGGCUUCUCACUCGGACAAAAUGAUACAUCCUAGUAAUGCCCGAAUGACACAACAAAUCUUGAUGUAAAGUCCGUUUUUUUUUUUUAAGAUAAAAGUCAAAAUGACAUUAUGUUGGCAAAUGAUAUCGUCGCUGUAGCAAGCUAGUUCAAGUUCCCAUCUCAUGAUUUUUUCAUUUUUAAUUUUACUAGAAUUUUUAUAUCCCGGUUUGUAUCAAACAUAAACGAAACUGCUUGCUGAUCUGUCACAAGUUUGAAAUGUCGUCCCAUGAGAUAGUGUCUCCAUUUUCUUAACGCUUCUACACAUACAUACGCUUCUUUUUCUACACAUGGAUGCUUUUUUUCUGAUUCAGAAAAGGUCCUUGAGAAAAAGCUACAGGUGUUCCUGAUUGGCUCAGAGUCGCGGCUAUACAGAAUUCUGAUGCAUCAGUUUCCACAACUAAAGUUUCAUGUUCAUUUAUUGACCAAAGGAGUGAGUUUGCAAUGUCUGUCUUUAUCAUUUCAAAAUCCAGGAUUUGAGUUACUAGUAAAGGAAAAUACUUACAGCUGACGAGACUACUGAUUUUGUUUGAAAAAUUCUGUAUCCAUUUAGAAUAAUGGGAGAACAUUCUUAGUAGGUACUCGAUGAAGUUCACUUGUGCUCUUGGGUACCGAUAAGUUCAAAAGUGGCGAAAGUCCGGAUCGGGUGUCAUAGAUCUGUUUUCUAUAGUGUAGCCUAAGAUAUUGCUUCAUUUUUUUUUUUUUUUUUGACGGCUUCUAGAGAUUUUUUUCAAAUUUUGAUCAUGUUUCUCUUGAUUCUCGCCACACACGGUUACAUCAUCCAAAUAAACAUAAACGUCUGUCAAUUUUUCUUCUGAAAUUAUUGAGUCAAUUACCCUUUGAAAGCAAGCCACUCCAUUUGUUACACCAAAAGGUAUUCUUCGGAACUGAUACAACUUACUAGCAGCUUCGAAUGCUGUGUAUGGUUUAUCCUGUUCUUUGAUGGGUAUCUGAUGAUAGGCACUUUUCAAAUCAAUUUGCUAAACACUUCAUAUUCCGAAAUCUUAUUGACUAAUGUUUCAAUUUUUGGAAGCGGAUAGGCGUCUAGUAGAGUAAAUUUGUUCAUGGUCUGUGAAUAAUCUAUACACAUACGUCAUUUGCUAUUUUCAUUGUGAGUGACUAAAACUUCAGCUCACCAUGGAGAAUUGCUUUGUUCAAUAAUAUUUUCUUCCAAAAGAUUCUUGAUCUCCUGCUUUAUAAAUUGUUCAUCCUCAGCUGAGUUUCUGCGUGAUUUGGUGAUGAUAGGUCUACAAUUUGUUAGUGCAGUUUGAAAAUAAGGAUGGCGGUUCAACUUUUGCUUCCAUCAAACAGCAACAGUGAACAGUGGGAAACUGUCCUUCCAGAUGCAUUACAUUUGAUUCGCUCGCUUCUGUGUACCAGCACUAACUGCACACCUCGUGAAAGAUUAUUUGUAUACCUACCAGAGAAGAUCUACAAGUGGCACAUCUAUUCCAUCUUGGUUGUCAACACCACAGAAAGUUCUUGUAAAAAAAUAAAAUAGGAGAAGCAAAUAUGAUCCUUUAGUUGAAGAAGCAGAUCUUAUAGAUGCUAAUCCUGGAUACGCUAUGAUGAUGGGAAAGAAGCUACCAUUUCAGUGAAACAUUUGGCACCAAGAGGAGACGCCACUCUUCUGAAUGGUUCAAAUAGCUCAACAUCUUCUGAAAUUAUUCAAGAUGAUGAACUAAAUCAACCAAUGCAGCGAAUAACUUUUCUGAUUCUGAAGCAGAUAGAGCUAGAACAGAAACAUUUCAAAGAACCUAAAAGAAAUCGAAAAUCGCCGAAGUAUCUUGAAUAUUACCAGGAAAACUAAGCCGCGAAUGUGAUCCUGACUUUUUAGAAGCUCUUACCUUUUAAAAAACAAAUGUGAGAAACUAUCAGGCAACGUAGGUGCUGCUGCUAUUCAGCUAUCUCAUUUCCAGCGCAUUAACCCUAUGUUUUGAGAAACAGAUGUAUAGUUUUGUUAUUUAGAAGUGUUAUUUUAUUAGAAAAUCGAAUUUCGCUACUCACCUACACAUUUUGAUUCCAAAUUGCAAUAGUAGGUGUCACCCAGAAGACCUAUCUAAGCACUUCACACUAGAUGUAAACAGGGAGGUUGAAUUAUAUCAAGCAAUACCUUUUUUAGAUUAAACUCACAAUACUAUACUACAUACUAACUAAUAGUUAGGUAGUUAUAGCUGCAUGGCGUUCCCAGUGUAUUCAUUGCACGUAAAUAAAUUCUAACUAAUUUGUGAUACAAUUUAUGAGCUUUUGGUAUUUGUAUUUUUAGUGUUUUUGUAGUGUUUUAUGAUGUCCGUGUUUUGUUUGGACCAAUAUUAUUAAGCUUGCUAUCUAAUGCAUUGAUACACAAUACAAUUUUCCAUAAAAUCUAAAACUGCCAUGUGGAUAUAUCGGUCUUAAUGCAUUUGAUGGAGAAAAAUGGCAUGGUCUAUUCAAUUUUAAAAACACCAUAGUUUUAUGAAUACCUACAAGAUACUAACUUUGCUCAAUGAUAGGUUACCUACUUUUUAACACCUAUGCAGACACAAUGAACAAAUAAAAAGUAAAAACAUUAAGUAUUGUUUCUUUUCAUCCAACCAUUUUCAUUUGAAAUAUUAAAUUUUGUACAAAUUUUAAUACACCUGUUUAGGGACAUUUUGUAAACUCUUGCUCAAAUUUGACUAAACAACCAUAAAAUAAUCCUCGUACUGCACAAUACUACUCUAUUUAUUACUAAUUAAUAAGUCAUACUUUACUAGUACUACUGUACCUAGUUUUAACGUCAAUUUAGUCUCUUGACGGAAAAAUAAUUUAGGAAAAGUAUGUGUAUUCUUACUUUUAAUGUGAUAUACAGAAUAGAUUUUCAAUAAUUUAUUUUUUUCGUUGAUAAAUAAACGUGUUGAGAAUAUUUAUCAUUGUUUGUUAUUUAUUUAUAUUUUGUACUGAUGUAUUAUUGAAAUAAUAGCUAGUUGUACAAGAAAACAAUCCUAAUAGCACAGAAACGUCUUGAAAAGAAAUCCGAUUGGACGUGAGAACGUUUUAAAAUGUCAGUUAACGUAACUGAGAACGUCCAAGGAACGCG